GGGAAGUCAUCAUAUGAGCGAUCAGGCUCGAGCAUAGCAAUAGCAUCGGGACUGGAGUGGAUUAAGCUAAGCCGAGUCAUGGACUCUGUCGGACUGCCUACUCUUAUGGAUCGGCCAGUGGAAGGCACGUCAAAGGGGAGCGGUACCCCACUCAUUAGAUUAGGUUUCAGAGCUAGCCCACUAUCAAGAAGCUCCGAUAGUCUCGACCGGGGCUGUCCCCUCCGCUCAGAGUGCUACUCUGGCACAGUACACGGUCAGUCGUACUUGCCUGGGAUCGAAAAGAGCGCUAGAACUUACCGAAUGGUCGUCAUGGGCGAAUGCAUGACAGGAGCAAUGCCGACUCCAUUUUCAACGAAAGUUACAAAAAGCGGUGAACCGCUUCGCCUAUCUGGCCAUCGGCAGAGCCCUGGACCCAAGCAAAUCUACAAUUUCUACGACCCCGAGAUAGCCUUCUUCCAACAGGGAAGAAAGCAGAUAGCAGGCCCGAAUGCCUCAACUUCGUCGACCCUGAUUCCUUUGACUGAACUUCGCUUCGUUUUUUCUCACUUUGCUCUCCUAGCUUUUGGCGGAAUAAGCGCUAACCACCUUCACUUCAUGCCUUUGAUGCUUCUUUCUAAUGUUGACGACUUUGGUACAACAAGAGGUUUAGACUUGUCCGCAUAUAGACCAUUUGGUCGAUUCGAUGGCUUCUUAUUAGCAACACCUUACUCGUUGGAGUUAAGGCAAGGUCAAUUACAUCGAGCCUAUCUCAACAGCAAAGGAAAAGGUCUGGAUCUGAGCCUUUAA